AUGAGUCGUGAUGCAUUAAUAAGAUGGACUCGUGAACAAGGGAAAAAGAAUGGCUUUGUGAUUAUCAUUAAAAGGUCUGAUAUUGGAGGAUCUGGUAAAUUCAAGACCGGUCGAAUUCUAUUUUGUUGUGAGAGGGGUGGCCAAUUUAGGAAAAAAAAAGUUGUGGAAUCAGAUAGCAAGACAAUACAUAAGCUUGAUCAAAGUUCAAACCCUCCAAAGAAAAAAAGUGUGAAGUCUACUGGCACGAAGAAGUGUGGUUGCCCCUUUUCAUUGAAGGGUGUGAACUGUGGUCCUGGAGAUGCAUGGCAACUUGAGGUUGUCUGUGGAGUUCAUAACCAUCCUGCAGCACUAAAUAUGGAAGGGCAUUCAUAUGUAGGGAGAUUAAUUGUGGAAGAGAAUUUACUAGUGGUUGACAUGUCUAAGAGUUUGGCUAGGCCAAAGGAUAUAUUAUAUACUCUUAAACAUAGAGAUAGGUUGAAUGUGACCACAAUGAAGACAAUCUACAAUGCCAGACAAAAAAAUAGGGUGAUUGAGAAAGCAGGUAUGUCAGAGAUGCAGGUAUUGCUACGAAAGUUGUUUGCCCAUGAGUAUGUAGAGUGGCAUAGAAGCUAUGGUACCGCUAAUAUUGUAAGUGAUUUGUUUUAUGCUCACCCUAUAAGUAUUAAGCUACUGCACGCAUUUCCUCAUAUUUUGAUUAUGGAUUGCACAUAUAAGACAAACAGGUUUCGCUAUCCACUUUUGGAGAUUGUGGGGGUGACGUCUACACAUCUCACAUUCUCAAUUGCAUUUGUUUAUCUUAGUGCUGAGAAAGAAGACAACUACAAAUGGGCAUUGGCUAGAUUAAGGAGUGUUAUGGAUGAUAAUUCGAUUCCAAGUGUUAUUGUCACAGAUAGAGAGUUAGCUCUCAUGAAUGCACUCCAUGAAGUCUUUCCAGGUGUUCGACAUUUAUUAUGUACAUGGCAUAUUAAUAAGGGAGUCUUAGGAAAGUGCAAAAAUGUAUUUGAAGACAAAGCUAGUUCAGACAAAUUUUUAAUUUCAUGGAAUAUGCUUGUUUCAUCAAAUACAGAAGCCGAGUAUGAAAGACAUCUACUGGCCUUGCAGACCAACUUCAAAGAUCACAAUUCUAUCAUCAACUAUGUGAAGGAGACAUGGUUGAUUCCCUAUAAAGAAAGAUUUGUUGCUGCUUGGACGAACACAUGUAUGCAUUUUGGGAAUACAACAUCAAAUAGGGCGGAGACUGCACAUGCAAAGCUGAAGAAACAACUUGGUAAUAGCAUGUGUACAUUUGGCACAUCAUGGGACAAAAUUCAUCCUUUAAUAGAAUUGCAACACACUGAGAUAAAAGCAUCAUUUGAGAAGAGUCUGUCAUUUGUGCAACAUGACUGCAUGAAAGAAGACUUCAAGGAGUUGAUUGGUUUUGUAUCUAUUUCUGCCUUGGAUAAUAUUAUGGUUGAGCUAAAGCGGUUAGAUUAUAUUGGGGUUGAUCCGAUAUCAUGUGGUUGCAUAAUAAAACACACACACGGAUUACCAUGUGCACAUGAGAUGCAAGAGUUCAAACGGACUCAUAGACCCAUUCCACUUGAUUGUAUUCAUCCUCGUUGGAGGAAGUUAGAUUUUUUGGAGCCCCGACCUAUUGCUACACCGAACAAUCCUCCAGAAAAUGCACAGUUAGAAUUAUUUGUGAAGUGGUUUCAAAGUUGUAGUUCUGAGACAAAGAGACAUGUUAGUAUGAAGUUACAAGAGAUUAUGAAUCCCGCAUCUACCACGCUUACACAACCCCAGCUGAAGAUUAAAACAAAAGGUCGUCCAAAAAUUGACACAUCUACUCGACGUUUGCCUUCUGCUUUUGAGGUUGUCUUAUUUGGUCAAGAUAGUGCACACUCGACUGACAAAGUUAUUACAAGACCGCCACGUAAGAAGCCAAAGACCAUACCCCAAAAGCAAUCAGUAUUCAAUAGUGAGACACAACCAUUGCCAUAUGUGAAUCCAAAGAAGCGGCCUUCGAAGCUACCUAUCUAUAGGCCUAAACCCAUUGUAGAUGACUCUUGCUUAACACCAGAGUUUAACAAGUGGUUUCCUAAACAUAUGUUGAUACAUAUUAGAGGGGCACAAGAUGUUCAGAGUGAUGGUAAUUGUGGUUUUAGAGCCAUUGGAUCAUUGAUGGGAUUUGGUGACAAUGCUUGGCGCAAAGUACGCAAAGACUUGUUGAAGGAGUUGAGGAAAGAAUCUGUCAUAUACGAGUUAAUAUUAAAUGGUAAGGAACGGGUACAACAUAUUGAGUAUAUGUUGGACUAUUUUGAGGACUUCCCACUUCAAGAUAAGUGGAUGACUAUACCAGAUAUGGGACACCUCAUUGCAUCUUGUUAUAAUGUAAUCCUCAUGACUUGGUCAGUGCAUCAGUCACUUACAUUUUUUCCAUAUGAGACUGCUCCAUUGGAUUCUAUCUAUCGCCGUGAGAUUUCGAUUGGAUUUGUUAACCAUAACCACUGGAUUAAGGUUUAUUUGGAAGGUCAACACCCUAUGCCACCAGUUGAUGAGCGUUGGUUGAGAUGUGCAACCAUAACUGCAUCAGAUUGGCUUACGCCAUAUCAGGAUCGUAUACGUCAAUUUAGAUAUGAAGCUGGUGUAGCAGACCCUUAUGAUAAUGACCCUAUAUUUAUUGAGUAG